GGGACCAUACAUACAGACGAAUACAUUGUGCAAGGUUUCACUUUAAUAUUUUAUCACUUGACAAACAUCAUUUCUUCAUUUCCACUCCCAUGGAAGCUCUGAGGCACCUAAACAUCCCCACAUACACAAGAGCCCUCCUUCCCCAUCCACCCACAACUAAAAGAGCCACCAAGUUGUUCACUAUAACCAACACCACAAACAACACUAAUAGCUUCUCAGCCAGCAAAUGGGCUGAUAGACUCCUCUCAGACUUUCAAUUUCUCCCUUCUUCCACUUCAAGUUCCAACCUUUUAGAGCAUUCCCCACCCUCUCUUCCAUACCCACCAAAACCCUCUUCACCUGAACGCAAUGUGUCAAUCCCCAUUGAUUUUUAUAGAGUUCUUGGGGCUGAAACACACUUUCUUGCUGAUGGGAUUAGAAGGGCUUAUGAAGCCAGGGUUUCUAAGCAACCCCAAUUUGGGUUUAGUGAAAAUGCUUUGAUUAGUAGAAGACAGAUUCUUGAAGCUGCUUGUGAGACUUUGGUUAACCCUAGGUCUAAAAGAGAGUAUAAUCAAAGCCUUGUAGAGGAUGAGUUUGAUACUAUUAUUACUCAAGUCCCAUUUGAUAAUGUUCCAGGAGCAUUGUGCUUGUUGCAAGAAGUGGGGGAGUCUGAAGUUGUUUUACAAGUUGGUGAGAGUUUGCUAAGGGAAAGGCUGGGGAAAUCAUUCAAGCAAGAUGUGGUCUUAGCUAUGUCACUUGCUUAUGUUGACUUCUCGAGGGAUGCUAUGGCUUUAUCGCCACCGGAUUAUGUAAGGGGUUGUGAGUAUCUUGAGAGGGCAUUGAAAUUGUUGCAGGAGGAGGGUGCAAGUAGUCUUGCGCCAGAUUUACAAGCACAGAUUGAUGAGACACUGGAAGAGAUCAACCCACGCUAUGUUUUGGAACUCUUAGCUCUUCCACUUGGUGAAGAGUACCGGACAAAGAGAGCCGAGGGCCUUCAAGGUGUUCGCAACAUUUUGUGGGCUGUAGGAGGCGGUGGGGCUACUGCCGUCUCUGGGGGAUUUACCCGUGAAGAUUUUAUGAAUGAAGCCUUCUUAUCAAUGACAGCAGCUGAGCAGGUUGAUCUAUUUGUUGCUACACCAAGUAAUAUACCAGCACAGAGCUUCGAAGUUUAUGGAGUUGCGCUCGCACUUGUGGCUCAAGCAUUUACCAGCAAAAAGCCUCACCUCAUACGAGAUGCUGAUAACCUGUUUCUACAACUUCAGCAAACUAAGGUAACAGCUCUGGGGAACUCUAUGUCUGUCUAUAAUGAUGGAGAAAAUAGCGAGAUUGACUUUGCACUGGAGAGAGGUAUUUGUUCCCUUCUUGUGGGGGAAGUUGACGAGUGCUGCAGGUGUUUGGGUUUGGAUAAUGAGAACUCAGCUUAUAGAGACCCGUCCAUAAUUAAGUUCGUUACUGAAAAUUCUACAGUUGACGAGGAAAAUGAUCUCCUUCCUGGACUUUGUAAGCUAUUGGAAACGUGGUUGAUGGAAGUGGUCUUUCCAAGAUUUAGGGAAACCAAUGAUAUUGUAUUCAAACUUGGAGAUUAUUAUGAUGAUCCUAGUGUCCUUCGAUAUUUAGAAAGGCUGGAGAGAGUAGGUGCUUCACCAUUAGCUGCUGCAGCAGCCAUAGCACGAAUUGGAGCUGAAGCUACUGCAGUGUUCGACAAUGUUAAGAUCAGUGCAAUUCAAGCAUUGAAGAAAGUAUUUCCACUUGGCCCUGAGGAGGCAACCGUGAGACGUCAAGGUUAUGAUGAGGCAAGCAGGUCCGAAAUUGCAGUUGAGUUGGAUGAGUAUGGCCGUCAACUCUAUCCAGAUGUUUCCGCCGAUAUAGUCAUUAAUGCCGAGGAAGAUAGACCCUAUGAUUUACUGGAACAGGAAAUGAUUACCCACAAAAUCAAAGAUGCCAGUGUAAAGAUUAUGGUUGCUGGGGUAGUAGUUGGAUUUCUAACUUUAGCUGGCCUGAAGUAUCUCCCAUUUAGGAACAGAUAUGUAGUUUCACCUGUGGAUGAAGGUUCUGCAGUGGCUUCUGAUGUCAUCAAUGUGGGUUCUUCCACAGAUGAAAUUUUAGAAGAAGUGCCCAAGAUGGAUGCAAGAUUAGCUGAAAGUCUGGUGCGUAAAUGGCAGAGUAUCAAGUCCCAGGCUCUUGGGUCUAACCAUUUCCUUGGGAAUUUGUCCGAGGUGUUAGAUGGCCAGAUGUUCAAGAUCUGGGAAGAUCGUGCAAUUGAAAUCGCAAUAAAUGGUUGGUCCUGGGACUACUCACUUACAAACCUUAACAUUGAUAGUGUGACAAUCUCACUAGAUGGGCGGCGUGCUAUUAUAGAAGCAACUCUCGAAGAGUCUGCACAGCUAAUUGAUGCAACCCAUCCGGAAAACAACGACGCUUACAAUACAUCUUACACGAUGAGGUAUGAAAUGGCAUGCUCGCCUUCAGGAUGGAAAAUAACAGAAGGAGCUGUACUAAAAUCAUGAAUGGGCAUGAGGAGGUCAUGAGUGUAGUUUUUGAUGUGUAUAUGAUCGAUGCUUGUCAUAGUUUGUAGUUAACUAACACUGACGUCUCUAUUGAACUUGUAAAGUUUAUUGAAAGUUUGAUCCUCACAAGGGUUCAUACAUUUAAUGUAUUAGUCGAGACCUACAUGGCUGUAAGCUGGGAAAAUUGUGAAAGUUUUUUUUCA